UGAAGGUUUUGACUGGAUCCUCAGAUACAUUAUAUGUUAUUGUUGAUGACUCUAAUCUUUAUAUCGAGGGAAAGUUCGCUGUCGCUGAAAUGGAGUGCAUUGGCGUUGUUGAUGGCAAAAGAAAAUCUUUAUGCUUUAAUCAGCUUCGGUUGGAUUAUGGACGGCUUCUCAAAAUGAUUCAGAAGGGACGUACCAUAGGUGAAAAUCUAAUCGUUGUGGGUUCUAUUCCCCCAACUGAUUCACUGUGGGAAAUGAUUCGAAAUGAUGGCUUUACAGUAAAGACAUACCCUCGAAAUGCUGAGAACCGUGAGAAAAGGGUAGAUAUGAAAAUUGGACAAUAUAUGAACAGAAUCUUCCGCGAUAAGGUGCCUGGCAUGUUGGCACUAGUCGCUGGUGAUGGUGACUUCCAACCCGUAUUACAGGAUGCCGUUCUGUUAGGGUGGAUGGUCGAGAUAUACUUUUGGAAUUCUGCCAACUCACUUGAGCUAUUGUGCGAUGAAAAUACCCCCCCAUUAGGA